AUGUCCACCUCCCUCCUCCUCGCCCCACCAACCAACACCUCCCCCACAUCGACCCUCGCCCUCAGCCAACUCGCACCAACCUACUACAAGUCCCAAUCAGGAUGGUCCCUCCCCUACCCACUCUCCCUGUUCCUCAACAACGAGUCCCAAGAAAAAUGGCAAUCCUACGAGAACAUCCUCCUCUCCUGCCUCCGCACCGGCGACACCGAAUCCGCAUACCUGUACCUCGAAGAGCUCACCGACCGCUUCGGCCCCACCAACGAGCGCGUCGCCGCCCUGCGGGGAUUGUAUGCUGAAGCGACCGCUAAGACACAAGAGGAAGUCGAUAAUGUCAUGAGACAUUAUGAGGAGAUCCUUAAGGAAGAUCCGACUUCUUUCGCAAUCAGGAAGAGGAGAUGUGCGCUAUUACGGAGUCAGGGAAAGACCGCGGAUGCGAUUCAGGCCUUGACGAAUUUGCUGGAUACCUCUCCGACAGAUGCAGAGGCGUGGGCGGAGCUGGGGGAUCUGUAUGCGGAGCAAGCGUUGUAUGAGCAGGCGGUGUUUUGUCUUGAGGAGGUUCUGUUGGUGAUGCCCAAUGCGUGGAAUGUGCAUGCGAAGGUGGGAGAAGUGCUGUUAUUGCAAGCGAGGGGAAACAGCGCCGCAGUGGAGCAAUUGAGGACGUUGAGCGAUAGUAUGAGGAGGUUUUGCAGGAGUGUUGAGCUUUGUGAUGAUUAUUUGAGAGGGUACUAUGGACUUAAGCUGACUACUACGCGGUUACUGGAGGCGCUGUCGAGUACGAAAAAGUCGCACACAGCAGCGUCGGAUCCUGUCACCGGAGAGCUGGCACCACCCACAAUCGAGGCGGUUACAAAAUUGAACGAAGUCGCCACAGCAAAGCUCGCAGAGAUCGUGCGAAAAGGCACAGCAGGAGAGAAAGGCUGGGAUGGAUACAACGCAUCAGAACUGGCAGCCGCACGGGAGCUCUUAGAUCAAGAUACGCAGAAGAUACAACGAUAA